AUGGAGGCCCUCCUGGUAACCUUUCAAGUGCUGACAAUCAUCACGUCCGUCUGUAUGCGGUUUGCGCCCUACCCGGACUUCUAUCGCAUAUACAAGGCGAAAAGCACAGGCGAAGUGCAGAUCCUGCCAGUCGUGCUAUUCUUUACCAACUGCGUCGUGCUUGUGUGGUAUGGCUACUUGUCAGAGAACAUACUACCGCUCGUCGUGACUGCCGUUGUUGGAAUUCUUACCUGCGGCGGAUUCAUCGCAGUCUUCUACUGCUACACCGACGACAAACGAUCCGUUUACAAGACCUGUGCUGUAGCCAUGGUCUUUAUCGUACUUUUGUGUCUAUACGGCGCCAUGGGCGUUGAAGGCGUCACAGGACAGUCCAAGUCCUCGAUGGCUACAGCCAUGGGUGCAAUCUCCAUUGGCACAUCCAUCGGUUUGUACGGGUCCCCGCUUGCCACGAUCCGUAGGAUACUACGCACGAAAUCAACGGCGUCGAUGCCUUUCACGUUCUGCGUCGUUAGCUUCUGCAACAGCGUGAGCUGGGUGACGUACGCCAUCAUCCUAGGUGAUGUGUGGAUCUUGCUCCCGAAUGCUUUCGGCUGCAUCCUCACUCUGAUUCAGCUGAUUUUGUAUGUCAUCUACCCGCCAUCGUGGGCGACGGCAGGACGUUCAAACCAGGCUCUAUCGAUCGACCAUCGCCAUUCUACACUCGAGGAGGGUGGUAAGCUCUCGCUGUCGGUUUCCAAUAUCAAAUGUGCUCGAGAAGGAGUCGGUCGUGAUAGGAAGAGCAUCGAGGAAAAAAGCGUUGACUUCGUCGAGCUUCGGUCGCCUAGAAUGCAGUAA